UGACGUGACUCCCGAAACUCGGGACAGCAUGCCUAUACAGCUGAACUGUUCACCAGACACACAAAUGUCGUCUCGUGUAGCCUAGAUAUCCUCCAGUUACUUUCUACACGUUUUAGUCCCACGCCCCUUUGUCCUCCGUGGCUUGUGGUGGGCAUGUACUCGCAUGCAAUUUACCUGCACAGGACCAGUUAUGAAAGCAAGCAGAUGUUUUGACCGAUAACUCCAAACUAUCAUCUCGAAAGGAUUGAAAUGCAUACCGUACACGUCUACAUUGUUCUGUGAACAGGCCAGUGGCUGAACACAGGAGACCUGAUAAGUCUGGACACACCCUCGAGAGAACAAUUAAAUGAGAUAAGAGACAGGAGAGGAAGAAAGAGAGGAAACAAUGAAGUGAACAACUUUGGUGUAUUUGGUUUUCUUCUGCUGUGCUAUGCUGUGGCAGGGAGAUGGUGUUGCAGUAGGGUGGACACCCUAAGAGCAGGACACGUGCAGACCAAGAUCAACAGCAACAGGAUUUACAGGUUUCUGAGGGAUGUGUGGGUAGCUGGGUCAAGAAGGAUAGCCUCCACCCACCCACCUAUCCACCCAGGACAAUGGAGCUAUACCUGAGGGGUUCAGGUGUGCUUAGGGCCCAAUGGAGACUCUUAAGAGCUGUCAGAGAGCCGACCAACCAGCACGCCAGGUGCUUCUGUUCCAGCAGCUCAGAGACAGACCCCAUAGAGACCCAUAAGAGGAAGCUGGUGUUAUGGUUCAGCCACCUUCCCCAGGAGGAGAAGCAGUUUGGGGGCUAUUUCACCCCAGAGACCAUGCACGUCGACCCCCUGAUCCUGGAGAGACUCCCAGAGGAGUGUCGACCCCCCCUCAGCUUCCCCGGCCCGUCCGCGGCCCCCCCCAGCCCCUCUGUCACCGUGGAGCAGCUGUUCGAGGGGGUAGGGGGCCAGGAACGGGGGCUGAACGUGAUUCUCUAUGGGGCGGUGGGGACCGGGAAGAGCACCGUGGUCCGCAAGCUGGUUCUGGACUGGUGCGCCGGUACCAGCCUGACCCAAUUCAGGCUGGUGGUGCCGUUCUCCUGCGAGGACCUGUCUCAGCUGGGCCGGGCGUGUUCUCUGAGGGACCUGGUGGGCAGGAAGUACCUGCACCUGAAGAAGACCCCCCUGCUGAGCGGAGAGGGGAGCCAGGCCCAAGAUGUCCUCUUCCUGUUCAACGGCAUGGAGAAAAUGAAGCUGGACUUCCGUAUCGGUUCCAACGAGCUGUGCAGCGACCCCAACGAGCCGCAGCCGUCAGGGGCUGUGGUGGUCAACCUGCUGCGCAAGUACCUGCUGCCUGAGGCCAGCGUCUUGGUGACCACCCGCCUGUCUGCUCUGGACCGCAUCCCCAAGAAGUACGUGAGCCGCUACGCCCAGAUCUGUGGCUUCAGGGACCCCGAGCGCCAGCGGGCCUACUUCACCAGCCGGCUGCUGCAGCAGAGCCAAGAGGCGAACCAGGGCGAUGGGCCGGGGCCGGGGCCGGACAGUGAGGCACAGGCCCUCAUCCAGCUUCUGUACCUCAACCUGCAGAGAGAGAGCCAGCUAGCAGCUGCCUGCUUCCUGCCCUCCUACUGCUGGCUCACCUGCGCCACGCUCCACUUCCUGCACUUCACGGACGCCAGUGCGCCCAUCCGCACGCUCACCGGCAUCUACACCAGCUUCCUCAGGCUGAACUUCGGCGGGGAGGUGCUGCACGUGGGCCGCGGGAGCGAGUCCUCCCAGGAGCAGCAGGACUCCUUGAUGCUGUACGUGGUCCGCACCGUGGGCAAGAUGGCGUUCGACGGCGUGUCCAAGAAACGCACGUCCUUCUCGGAGGGGGAGCUGGAGCAGUGGGUGGGCGGCAAGACCAAGACGGACGAGGAGCUGCAGCAGCUGGCCGUGUUCCGCACCGACGUCCUGGACUUCUUCCUCGUUCCCUGCGUGGCGUCGGGCGCGGCGGACCCGGGCGAGGAGAAACGCUACGUGUUUGCGGUACCGGCCAUGCAGGAGUACCUGGCAGCUCUGUAUGUGGUCCUGGGGGAGAACAAGACCGCCCUGGAGAAGGUGACCAAGCAGGUGUCGGAGGCCAUAGGCCAGGCCGGCGAGGACGUCAACGCUCUGUUCAACAUCCUGUCCAAGUUCAUCCCGCUCCGCAUCUUUGCCAUCUUCAACCUGCUCAAGCUCUUCCCCCGGCUGUUUGAGCGCGUCAGUAACCUCAGCAAGGGCCACAUCGCUCGGACGCUGGCCGAAGAGAUGUUCCGUACCGAGGACAGCUUCAACGAAGACGUGCUGGACCAGGUGGAGCAGAGCCUGCUGGGAGUCCAUGGCCCCCAGCCUCGUCACCGGGACGACAGGAAGGCCUUGGAGCUCUACCCCAUCUUCAUGGGCGGGCUGUUGCAUUAUGGAAACCGUGUGCUGCUGCAGCAGCUGGGUUGCAACAUCAAGAGCACCACAGUGUCACAGAUCACGCACACACUCAGGAAGUACCUGGUCCGGGAGAUCUCCAAACAGCAGCCCCCCGAGGAGCUGAUGGACCUGCUGGUGCUGCUGUAUGAGUUCCAGAACCCCCGGCUCACGGCCGAGGUCAUCUCCUCCGUACGGACCGUCCGGCUGUCCAACGUGCGCAUGACACCCCUCAAGUGCUUUGUACUGAACUCUGUGCUCGACUGCGCCCCACCCAGCUUCCUGCUGGACACCCUGGACCUGUCUUCCUGUCACCUGACCCACAACCUGCUGAAGAUGCUCUGGCCAGCCUUCAAACAGACUCAACACCUCAAUCUCCAGUUUAACAGCCUGGGUCCUGACUCCUGCGUGCUACUGAGGGAUCUGCUACUAGACCCUGACAGCUGUGUUAGAUCACUACAGCUGUGUGAUAACCCGCUGCUGGAGUCUGGGGCCUCCUGCCUCCUGGAGGCCCUGUCGGGGAACCACUCCCUCCAGAAGCUGUCCCUGAUGCACACGGGCCUGGGGGACCGGGGGGCUCUGGAGCUGGCUGGGAUGCUGCCCAAACACACCCGACUGCAGGAGCUCAACGUGGCCUACAACAACAUAGGGGACAACGCUGCUCUCAACCUGGUGGACGCCUGCAGAGAACACCCCAGCAUUCACACAGUACACCUGUACCUGAACCCUCUGAGUGACGGAGGGAAGCAGUCUCUGUACGUCCGGGGCGGAGACGCAGCCGGGGCCGUCGCCCGCCACGUCAAGGUCCUCGCCUCGGUGACAGAGGGAGCGGACCUCUCUGAGGACUGGCACCCCAUCCUGGCCGUCAUCCGUGAGAACGCGUCGUCGUGGGAUCGGGGCCGCGUGCGGGAUCAGCUGCAGGUGUUCCUGAAGGAUCUGGAAUGGGGGCGGAGACAGCAGAGCAGCUUCCUGAAGAGACUGCACUUCCUGCGUGUCGAGAGAGGCAUUAGACAGACCCUGCGCAUGCUGGACAAGGACAUGCCCCCUGCCAAGUAGCGCAAAAGACCAAGUGUGUGUUUCUAAGGAACAGACUAAUCCUGUGUUUCUUGGAGUGUAUGCUGACUAUAAAGACCACAACAAAGCAGUGUAUGUGUUACUUUGAUAUGUGUGGAAAGAGCCAGGCUAAGAAUAUGGAGUUUUACUGGAAAUUUAGCAGACUCUUAAAAAGAAAAGAUGUUAUGGUGUUUCGUGAGUAACUUUUUGGUCCUAGUCUUCCAGUGUUCAGACAUAAGCAUGAGGUAGUGAUAGGAUUCAGACUAACAAGGAAAGCUUCCAUAUCUAUGCAAAUGGAGCAGAGGUUAUUGUUUGAGAAUGCAAGUGCCUACUGUCCUUUUAGUCCUUGUCCUGUCUCUGUAUGUGUGAAUACGCACGUUGAUAUUAUAUGCAGACAUUGUUAGUGUCAUGUAUGAACUUUGUGCAUGUUUUUACAUGUGAUUUCUCAGAUUUUAUGUGAAUUGAACAUUUAUUAAUUGUUAAUAUUGAUAAGGGACUUAACAAAAAACUAUAUUUUUCUCGGUAGACUUAUUGAAGAGAUUACAUUAAGGUAUUGGAUCAAACUGCCUCAUCAUGCUUUUGUGUUGUUCUUCAGAAUAUACUUCCUAUGUGGAGUCCUUUACUUCCUGGAGGGCAGCUCAGGCUUAACUCAGCCCAGAUCAAGCCAUAACUGUAUUUCCCCUGACUAACUAGUACUGUAGAUGUUUAAUGAGCAUCCCAAGCAAAAUGCUGGCUUUGUGUAGGUUCUGAGAAAUGAAUGUAUUGAUUCUUCAUAAGAACCUAUGAAUAAUUAAAAGCCAGUU